CCGCCAUGGCCGCGCAGCAGCUCGAGGAGAAGCUGACCUGCGCCAUCUGCCUGGGGCUCUACCGCGACCCGGCGACGCUGCCCUGCGGCCACAACUUCUGCCGGGCCUGCAUCAGGGACGGGUGGGCGCGCUGCGGGCGGGAAUGCCCCGAGUGCCGCGAGCCCUUGCCCGACGGCGCCGCGCUGCGCCGCAACGUGGCUCUCAGCGGCGUGGUGGAGCUGGUGCGCGCCGCCGAGCGGGGACCCGAGCCCGGCCCCCAGCCCGCCGCCGAGCCCGGACCCGCCGCGCGCUGCCCCCGCCACGGCCGGCCGCUCGAGCUCUUCUGCCGCACCGAGGGCCGCUGCGUGUGCAGCGCCUGCACCGUGCUCGAGUGUCGCCUCCACGAGCGGGCGCUGCUGGACGCCGAGCGCCGCGAGCGCGAGGCCCAGCUGAGAGCCAGGCUGGAGGUGACCGCACAGCAGGCCGCCCAGGCCAGGGCCCAGCUACAGGAGCUACAGCAGCAAAGAAGCCAGAUCCAGAGCUCGGCCUGCACCCUGGCCUCCAGGGUCUCCAGCAAGUUCAGCUGCUUCCUGCAGGCCCUGGAGAUGCAGCGGGCCUUGGCUCUGAGGGGCAUUGAGACAGCCAAGGCCCAGGCACUGGCGAAAGCCCGGGACGGGGAGCAGCGGCUACGGGGCCACCUGGAGGCCCUGGUACACCAUGACUGCAAGGUUCAGGACCUCCUGGGGCAGCUGGACGACAGGAUCUUCCUCCAGGAGUCACAGCUCCUGGUGCCCCCAGAGCCUCUUGGGCCGCUGACCCCUCUGCAGUGGGAUGAAGAUCAGCAGCUGGGGGGCCUGAAGGAGACACUGCGCCAGCUGAGUGGCCUCCUGCUGGAAGAGGGGGGCCACUCAGGGCUGCCUGCUGAGGCUGCUGACUUGGGCCCCAUGGAGGCCUCAGGUCCCCUGGCACCAGUCCCAAGCCCGGCAUGUCCACUGAGGAGAGAACUCUGGCAGAAUUACCGCAACCUGACCUUUGACCCAGAUAGUGCCAACCGCCACCUCCACCUGUCCCGCCAGAACCAGCAGGUGAAGCACUGCCGCCUGCCACGGGGCCAGGCCAACCCAGGCAGCUUCGAGCUGUGGCAGGUGCAGUGUGCCCAGAGCUUCGAGUCUGGGCGGCACUACUGGGAGGUGCGUGCCUCCAACCACUCCGUGACGCUGGGCGUCGCCUACCCAGAACUGGAGCGGCACAAGUCGGGGACCCACACGGACAACAUCGGCCGUGGGCCGUGUUCCUGGGGACUCUGCGUUCAAGAGGAUAGCACCCAGGCCUGGCACAACGGGGAGGCCCAGCGCUUGCCAGCAGUGUUCGGGCGGCUCUUGGGUGUGGAUUUGGACCUGGCCUCAGGCUGCCUCACAUUCUACAGCCUGGAGCCCCAGGCCCAGGCCCUGCACACCUUCCAUGCCGUCUUCACCCAGCCCCUCUACCCCGUCUUCUGGCUUCUCGAGGGUAGGUCCCUUACCCUGUGCCAUCGGGCUAGGGCCAAGCUUCUUCCAGGCUCCCAGGAAGAGGCCUCAGGGCUCAGCUGAGACUGCUCGCUUCACCCCAGGAAGGCACAAGAUGGCCCUCUGGGCUGGGAACAGGUGCCAUCAUCCUUGUGUGCCCAAGAGCUGUCCCAGCCCCUGGCCUAAGGACCAAGGUCACAGCUAUCACAGGACCAACUGCUAGGCUGAAGGCUGACUCAGGACCAGGCCAGGCCAUUUGGGCCAUUUCCAAACUGGAAAAAUAAAAACAAACCUGUUGCCAUUGAGUCAGUUUCGACUCAUGGUGAUCCCAUGUGUUACAGUGUAGAACUGCUGCAUAGGAUUUUCUUGGCUGUAAUCUUUAUGGAAGAAUACUGCCAGGCCUUUGUUCCAUGCCACAGCUGGGUCAGUUUGAACUGCCCCAAACUGAAACUGAGCUUAAACCCAAAGUUCACUUUUCUGGCCUCUUUGAAGGGGACGGACUAGGACGAGAGUAAAAUGGAAAGUCCCCACCCCAACCAGAGGCCACUUCUGGGGACCACCUGGGCCUUAGAGGCUGGAGCGCAUCUUACAGAACACGUGCAGACGGGUGCACACACAGUCGUAGACGUACCCCAGUUUACCUCCCAGCAAGACAACGUGGACAAAGGGAGCAGGCAGGGCGUGGGCUCGAACUGUGGAAGGUUUCUGGAGAAAAGAGAUGGCUCACAUCCUCCCUCUCUCUCUUUCUUUCUCUUUCCAUCGUAAAACAUUUUGGUAUAGUUUAGUCCUGUUUUUUUUACUUUUAUACAGCCUUGUGGUUGUAGUCUAUAAGCAAUUUUAUUUUCUGCAUUUUUGACUCAAUAUAAACAUUUUUCACGUUAUUAAAAAUUUUUCCCUGAAUAUUUGUGUGUGUGUGUGUGUGAGAAAUAGUCCUUCUAAUGACUAUCAUACUUUUUUUUACCCAUUCUUAGACACCUAGAUUGUUUAUUUUUGGCUAUAAAAAUACUGCUGUGAAGAUUUUUGAGCAAAAAGAUUCAUCCGUGUGCGGUGUAUGCGCAGAGGCUAAAUGGCCUAAUGUGGAAUUACUCACUGCAAAACAGUGAGCACUUCGAGGUUUUUUUAUGCGAGAGGACAAAAUGAGGCAACCUCGAGUCAGCCUGUCACCUAUCAGCUGAGCGACUUCAGGCAAGUUACUCCGCAUGGUGGUGCCUCAGUUUCCCCAUCAUUCCUUCCUCUUAGGUUUGUGGAGAUUAAAUGAAGUGAUGCGUGUGGGGACCACGCCAGGCACAUUACCAGCUCCUUUGUUUUCGUUUGGCUUUUAGCAUUGACAACAUGGUUCAGCAAAGAUCCCUAGACAUGUUCGUCUUAGUCAUCUAGUGCUGCCAUAACAGAAAUACCACAAGUAAAUGGCUUUAACAAAGAGAAAUUUAUUUCCUUUCUCUCUCUGCGGCCUUCUCAUCAAUCUUCCCCAGACUAGGAGCUUCUCUGCUCAGGGACUCUGGGUUCAAAGGACGUGGCUCUGCUCUUGGCACUGCUUUCUUGAUGGUAUGAGGUCCUCCAGUCUCUGCUGGCUUCUUUUAUAUAUCAAGACAUUGUCUCCAGACACAAUGCAAGCUUGUAGAUUGAGUCCUGCCUCACUAACAAUACUGCCACCCAUCCUCCCUCAUUAACAUCAAAGAGGCAGGAUUUACAAGGUAGAGGAAGAUCACAGGAUACCGGGAAUCAUGGCCCAGCCCAAUUGAUACAUUUUUGGGGGGACACAAUUCGAUCCCUGACAAUGAUGUUGCUCAUAUUUCUAGAGGCAGGAUUUCUCGAAGUGGGGCUGUUCGGUUGGACGGCAGGUAUAAUUUUUGCACUUAAAAUGUUCCACUUCUCGAUCUGAGUGGUGGUUACAAAUGUAUUUGCUUUAUAAUUCUUUACACUGUACAAGUGUUUUUUAUGUACUGUAUAAAUAUUUCACAAUCAAAAUAUUUUUAUAAAGGGUAACACAUGCAAAAAGACAUAACCAAAAAGCACAAUAUUUGUAAAAAAUAUAGCUCCCUGCUACAAUGUUAUCUGGCUCCAGCCAUCUCCUGGGUCUGCUUCUCAACCUCAGGGCUCUCCGUUUAAGGUCUAGGGCAGGACAGCUCCUUGGUGCAGCCUGGACUAGAAUUCCCCAAACAUGGGAAGGCGUUCUAACACCAGGAAGCCCAACAGAACGACAGCCAGGAGGCGCUUGGAGGCAUUUGGAACCCCUGUUGAACAGCUAGAAACCCUGGUAGCGUAGUGAUUAAGAGCUACUGCUGUUAACCAAAAGGUCCGCAGUUCAAAUU